UCACACUGGAGGCCAUGAUGUAUCACAUUUUUCCAAGUACUUAGUUCAUCGUGCGUGUCCGUUAGGUUAUCGGAAUAUAUCGAAAAUUAGGUGUAAAUGUUUCAAAAACUGAUCAACGCUUUAAGAUGAAUUCCGGGGAGGAAAAAGACGCAUCGGGUACAUCACCGGUCGCUAAUAGAACAUUGGCAAAACGUAUUUCUGAAAUGUUACCAUCAACUGUAACCAAAUGGUUCAGCCGACUACAGCCUAAUUCUCAUUCUCCCAACCUGUCUCCUCCUGAUCAAAAACGGAGGCGACUUAGUGAAAACCCUAAUCACUAUGUACCAACCACAACUUGUGCUAGUACAAACACUGAUUGUACAAAUUUACCAAUAAAACUGAGUGCAGCUGCAAAUAUUUCACUAGAGGAUGCAGUUAAUGACUGUUCAGAGGACUGUGUGAAACCAAGGGAAACUUUUGUAGAUCACAACAGGACAUCAGUUAUGUCUCCUAACACCGUGCUAAAGAAAGAUAGAAUGUUCAAUCAUGGACAACCUUCCAUUGAUAUCAACAGAUCUUCAGGAUCGACAUUCUAUCCUGGUAAAACAAUGUAUGGAGGAAAAUCCAAUAAUUUGUCUAAAGUUUCCCCAAACGCAAUAAAAAAAAGAAGCAGGAGUAUUGAUAUGAAAAUGAGCGGUGCAUCAGAACGGAUAAAACAAGUUCUUGACAACUAUUCAUCACCAUUACAAGAUCUUAGAAGGAUAUCACAUUUUGUCACAGAUGAAAACAAAAGCAAUUCAAUCGCCAUGUCUGAUGCCUCUUUCCAACUAAAAACAAAUGAAAGUCAGCUGCAUGUUCCAAGCAUUGCCAAAAUAUUAAGUAUUAAAAAGAAAUCUGUACUGAUGGAUAGCACAAGCACUGCUAGACAAUUACUGGCAUCCCAGAGUAGUGCCACUCGGUAUAUGCCAUAUAAAGGUUUGAUUUCACCCAGAAAAUGUCAUAUGAAAAGGCGAGCUUCUUUGGGACUCUCUAAAAAAUGUUUACCAUACUUUGGAUUUACCACAUCGCCCUCAUCAGAGUCUGAAAAUAUUAGUGAAAUAUUGCAGGGUGAAAAAACACCACUAGAAGCUACUAAUCUCGUUGAAACUGUGGAUGCACAAAGUAAUAAUACUACUGAAAGUGAUUGUUUUAAAACUCUUGAUACUAGUGAUGAUGCUGUUAGCAAAAAUGGAACAUCAACUGAAAAAUUAACCGAUUUUAGUGGUUUUGAAAAAGAAAGCAGUACUGAAGCUGGACUUAAUGUACCAUUGACAACAAAAUGGAAUUGCGAAAUUUGUUGGGUAAAAAAUGAUAUGAGUACCAAUAAGUGUGUAUGUUGUGGUGGUAAAAUGACACUAAACAAAAGCGGUAGUAAUGAAACUUCUGGGCCAGCUGAGACAAACAAAAACGCUGUUAGCUUAUCAAUUAAUAAUGAUCCUACUUUAAUUAACAAAAUAACGAAUGUUAAAAAUCAAGAAGAAAAGUGGGAAUGUCAUGCUUGCCUUUUAAAAAAUGAUAAGCAGAACUCUAAAUGUAUUUGCUGUAAUGCUACAAAACAAAGUGGUGAAAAAAUAUUUAAAACUAAACAUGUCACAAAAAGUCAAGAUGAAAAGUGGGAAUGCAAUGUUUGCCUGGUGAGAAAUGAUUCAAAUAAAAGUAAAUGCAUUUGUUGUGAAUCUGAGAAACCGGGGCCUAAGAAAACAGAAAUAAAGUUUAACUUUAUGCCCAGUAAUAAGACGAUUAAAUUUGGAAUUAAUGACACGAAGCAAAAACCUGACAUGCCCCUUCAACAAUUUUCAUAUGGGGUACCUCCUAUUAAACCAGUUGUGCAGGUUUAUUUAACUUUGGAAGAACAAAAUUCUCGUAAUAUUUCUUCAUUGGAAACGACCACAAAUUCGGAAAGUGAAGGCGUUGAAGAUCGUCGGGGUGUGUUCUUUCAAACGGAAACCUCUAGCUCAACAGCACCCGAAGACUCAAGAGCACCCCUAGACUCCACAGCACCCCAAGACUCAACAGCACCCCUAGACACAACAGCACCCAGAGACUCGACAGCACCCCUAGACUCUAUAACACCCCUAGACUCAACAGCACCCAGAGACUCAACAGCACCCAGAGACUCAAUAGCACCCCGAGACUCAAUAGCACCCCGAGACACAACAGUCCUCUUAGCCUCAAGAUCUAUUAAUCAAUCGUCAUUCAUUGGGGAAUCAAGUCCGAUGCAAGACCAUUUUGCGAACAUAUCAAAUGUUUCCAUACCGCAGACUCCUCAUAAUAUGCAUGACUGUGCUGACUCAAGUCUCGUAUCUGUAGCUGAAAUGAACAAUGCAGCGGAAACAACAAGACUGCCUUCCAAUAUAUCAGUUAAAGAGAAUCGAUUGUGUGAGACAGAUUCGAAUCCUUCUCCACCUUCAACAAAAUUUAACUUAGGUUCAAUUUCCCAAAAGAAUUCGUUUAGUAUCAAUUCCACAAAAGCGAUAAAUUUAAAAUUGGGAAAUUGCAAAACAAAUUCAACAAAUUUUGGUGUGUUUACGGGUAAAUUUUCUGCGCCGCAAACUGAUUCGAAAAAUGGGAAUCCUUUAAUAAAUUCUACACUUACUAUAAAUAUGAGCGGAGAUUGUAGUAACACUUUGAAAAAUAAAAAAGAAGUACCCAAUUUAUUUAACCGAGAUAAUACCAUGUCCGUUACCAAUCAGGCCCCGCCUAGCAAUUUGUUGCCAACAGGAUUACCAUACGGAGGUCAGACACAAAGGGAAAACUUUUGGCCUCCUACAAAUUUAUAUUCAGCACCACAACCCCUUCCAACUUAUCAAAACAAUCAGGCACAGCAAAACCUACCAAUUUAUCAGAACAAUCAGGCACAGACAAACCUUCCAAAUUAUCAGAACAAUCAGGUACCAAACCUUCCAACAUACCAGAACAAUCAGGUACCAAACCUUCCAACAUACCAGAACAAUCAGGUACCAAACCUUCCAACAUACCAGAACAAUCAGGUACCAAACCCUCCAACUUAUCAGAACAAUCAGGCACCGCCUCCAUUUACCUUUGGUGCCAUGCCAUAUGCUACUCAUAAUGCAUAUAAUGUACCAACAUUUCCUAACCCUCAGGUAGUGUUGCCGACGCAAGGGUUUGGUAUGCCUUCUAAUAAUGCAAACGUUACUUUUUUUGGUGCUGUGCCUAAUUUUGGAAUUCAAGCAACUCCAACCAUGCACAUUAAGUCUGAGGACUCGGUAGGGCUUUUCUCAGCUGGCCGCCAAUCUGUCAGCCCAUUUACAGAAAGUGGCUCAUCAUUUGGUGAAAUGCCACAACAGAUGUCAGGCUUCAAUUCUUCUGCUGCGCAAAACUCUGCUAAUCCAUUCAAUUUCACUCAGCAGUCAGGAGUUCGAAACCUAACUGGAACGUCGACACCGCAAUUCCAAGUUGGCAGCUCUUCCGCACCAGGACAAACUCGCCGUAUAAGGAAAGCGGUCCGAAGAACAACACCACGAUGAACGCUUUAUAAUUAAUUAAUACAUGCCAAGAUACAAUUACCACGCUAUAUCGUUCUGAAUGAACGAAAUUUAAAAUGAUUGAUUGAAUGAUUUCACAUUUUAUUUCAUGUGUAUGUUAGUCCUUGUAUAGUUUUUUGAGUAAAACUUAUUCAAAUGGACUAAUAGUGAACGUUUAGCCGUUACACGAGGUGGGAUCCCAUCGUGGAUCCCUCCUUGCCUCCUUCGGAAGUAAAAGGAGAUAGGAGUCUGAUGAUAAUACCAAUUUUAUAUGUUGCCUGUUGUAUUUUUAUAUUCGCCACCAUUCAUUAAUAAAUUCAUUAUGCAUGCUUUACUUUUUAAAAACCUAUUUUGUGAGAGUAUUUUGUUAUAAGUUUACCCUGCAUGUUAUUAUUAUUUUUGUGAUAUUUUAAUUGAAUGCCCAAACAGCAAUGUUUCAAUAUCGUUGAAUGUAUGCUAGUAAAUUUAUAAUUCUGUCUAUAAUAAAGAUUAAAGUUUGCAAAUUGAGGAUCAAAACUAAAUUAUUUGUGGUUGUUUCGUUUGAGAUAAAAUAUAACAAAUCGUUUAUACAGUAAAA